UUCGGUGGGUCGGAGAUGACGGAGCCGGGCGCCUCUCCGGAGGACCCCUGGGUCAAGGCAAGCCCCGUGGGCGCGCACGCCGGCGAGGGGAGGGCGGGUCGGGCUCGUGCACGUAGGGGGUCCGGAAGACGAGGGGACUCCCUGAAGUCCCCAGAGCUACUCCCGCUCUCCGGGCCCCGGGGCUGCAGAGAAGACAGCUCUCACCCCGCGUGUGCCAAGGUCGAGUAUGCGUACAGCGACAAUAGCCUGGACCCCGGGCUUUUUGUAGAAAGCACUCGCAAGGGGAGUGUAGUGUCCAGAGCUAAUAGCAUCGGUUCCACCAGUGCCUCUUCUGUCCCCAACACAGAUGACGAGGACAGCGAUUACCACCAGGAAUCCUACAAGGAGUCCUACAAGGACCGCCGACGGCGAGCACACACUCAGGCUGAGCAGAAGAGGAGGGAUGCCAUCAAGAGAGGCUAUGAUGACCUACAGACCAUCGUUCCCACCUGCCAGCAGCAGGACUUCUCCAUUGGCUCCCAAAAGCUCAGCAAGGCCAUCGUUCUGCAGAAGACCAUUGACUACAUCCAGUUUUUGCACAAGGAGAAGAAAAAGCAGGAGGAGGAGGUAUCCACGCUACGCAAGGACGUCAUGGCCCUAAAGAUCAUGAAAGUGAACUAUGAGCAGAUUGUGAAGGCACACCAGGACAACCCCCAUGAGGGGGAGGACCAGGUCUCUGACCAGGUGAAGUUCAAUGUGUUUCAAGGCAUCAUGGACUCCCUCUUCCAGUCCUUCAAUGCCUCUAUCUCCGUGGCCAGCUUCCAGGAGCUGUCGGCCUGUGUCUUCAGCUGGAUUGAGGAGCACUGUAAGCCUCAGGUAUGGGGCAGCAGUGGACACGGGGCUGGGGGGUCUUCCCUCAGGCACAGUGGCCCAAGCCAUUGUUUGUUCAGAGAGACAGGGUAGCAGGUUUUAGGUUUCUUGAGGAUAUUUCUAC